GCACAGGCUUCGUGUUGGCGGCCGACUUGCCUAUGUCAGACGACGAGGACGAGGACGAGGUGCCUUCCAGUUCGCACUCCCAGCCACCCCGACGCAACGUCGGCUUCGCCGAGGAGGUCCGAGCCCAGGGGCCGUCGGACGGUGGCGGCAAGGCGGCACGGAAAGGCACGGGCUUCGUUAGUCCAGCGGACCUGCCUAUGUCAGACGACGAGGAGCAGGAAGACCAGGAGGCAUCAGCCAUCUUCGGAGGUGGCGAGGCUCGCCGCCCAGAGCGCCCGGACCGCCCGGCCAGCUCGCCUGGUCGCCGCGGUGCUCCACAGGAGCGGGAGCGACUCUCGGCGCAAGGUCUGCGUCCCAUGCUGCCGGCGUGCAAGACGACCUGA